AUGACCUUUGAGAUGGAGAAGGAGAGGCGUAAGAUCAUGGAGGAAAAACGGAAGGCUCUGGAAAUCGAGUUAAAACUAGAAGAAAUGCGUGCUCGCAGAGCCGCGAAUAACCCUCAGAAUGCUGAUAAUAAUACACCGACUACUCCUACAGCCCGAACGCACACAUGGGACCCGGAUCUUGGUGAAAGAUUGGAGUAUAACCUCUAUGAUCCGGACAGCCGUGUCGGCAAGGCAAUCGCCCAAUUUAAAGAAGAUGUAAAAUCAAUGACCAAGCCGAACGCUCUGACCGGCACGUCAAAUUUCCUCACAUGGAACGCGUCAAUGAAGACCAAGCUGGUUGACGCGCAGUGCUGGGGUAUAAUAGAAAAGCAGCAGGUUCAGAACCCCCUGCAGGACCCCGAAUGGGCUCCCUUUUGGGACGCCCGAAACCGUUGGACCUACGCGUUCAUUUCGAACUCUUUGGGUGCGAACGUCAGGCCACGUUUCAUAAAAAAUGAUGAGAAUAGGAUUGCUUACACCCUCUGGCGGGCAAUUGAGGAGGAAUACUCUAUCCCCAAGACCCAGCUCCGCCGAGAGGCAGUCCUAGAAUUCACAUCGCUUGGUGGCACUCAGGUCACUAACGUGCACAGUUUCUUUGAUAAGUUCCGUGCCGCGAUCAUGAAGUUGGAAAUGAUGGAUGCUCACCCGCCUGACGCGUGGGUAUUUGACAUAUUCUAUUCCGCCCUUCCGAACGUUUGGAGGGGUUAUGUACAGAAGAAGAUUGAGGAGGCCCAAGAGUCCAAAUCGACCCCGGUUGUAUUGGACGUUCACCUUCUCAUGGAGGAGAUCCGAUCUCAAUUGGACCCUCCAAAAGAUAAAAAGCCCGCACAAUCGGUGAAUACAGCUGCCAACGCUGCCCAAUCGGGGGCCACAGCAGCUGCCGAUUCCGCGAACAAUAAUAGCGCGAAUACAUCUAACUCGGCCCGUGGAGGUCGUUCCGGACGCGGUCGUGGCGGCUCCCGCGGCAGUGGCCGUGGUGGAGCUGGCAAUCCGCCGACCUGCUCCGAGUGCAAUAGAUCCCACUUCGGCACUGUCUGUUGGUUUACGAAUCCCGACCAGGCGCCCGAUGAUUGGAAGGCCAAUAAUGCUACUAAGUUAAAGGAGUUCAAAGAGAAGGAGAAGGCGAAGAAGGAUAAGGACAAUAGUGGGGGCAAGACCCAGUUAGUGAUUACGGACGGGUCAGAGUCCUUUCAGAUGGCGAACCUUGCAAAGGUUAUAAAUGUGCCGGCCUGCUUUGUGGAACCCCACAAGGAUCCCCUAACCAUAUGGGAUAGCGGCGCUGGCUGCCAUAUCGCGAGCGAUAGAUCACGAUUUUCAAUGCUUUUUACGAUCGACGGUCCUACGGUCCAGGUGGCCAACAAGGCCGUUCUGAAGGUCCAAGGCGUCGGCAUGGCGUCCAUCCCAGUCGGCGAGAGGUUGAUUGAAUUCAAUCACGUAUACUACGUGCCAGGACUGUCAGCUAACCUCAUCUCCGCUGGGCUUAUGGAACGGCAGGGCUAUAUUCGCCGUGAUAUGCACGUUGACGCUGGAAAUUAUUUUGAGUUCCUGUCCCCUACUGGCAAUGACGUGUUCUAUGCCAACCUUUCCCGCAAUAAUAUUUACAUCCUAUCCGACAGUCCUCCGACGUUUGACGGCGUUAUGAAUGACCAAGAAUAUGGGGCGGUCGCGUACGUGGCUGUUCCGAAACCAAAGACAAUUUCAACGGAUUAUGAUCCGAACGCAGGGUCCCUAGGGCCGUUCAACCGUGAGGAGGUUGAGCAAUUGAUUAACCCCAAGGAUCCGGAUACGGAUUCCUUCGUCAUAUCCCCACCUAACCGACUCCCUGCCGUGGUCCCGAAGCAACUGCCGUUUGAUGAAUGGCACCGUAGAUUGGGCCAUAUCGGCGAAAAUAAUAUAUUGAAGAUGGCCAGGGACCCUCGCUUCGGAAUUGCCAUUAUCGGCCCGAAGAAGUUGUCAUUCUGCGCCACGUGCGUCAAAGCCAAGCAGAGGCGCGCUACGUAUAAGAAUUCCGCACCACGCCGUGCCACUCGCAAAGCUCUUAAGAUUUGGGUGGAUAUUUUCGGCGGAGGUGAGACCCUAGGAACCGAAAAUGACAUAUCCUCCUACGCCGGCAAGAAACUUGCCAUGGUCAUUACAGACGACGCAACGCGAAUGAGAUGGAUUUUCCUACUGGAACGCAAGGAUGAGACGUUGAAAUAUUUACGAAUCUUCAACCAAUUCAUCAAGAACCUGCUGGGCCGUGGCAUCGCGAUUAUACACUCCGAUCGCGGCGAAUUGAAUUCGAACGCGGCUACGGCAUAUAUGCUUAGCGAGGGGAUUAAGUGGGAACCCACUCCCCCCCAUACUCCACAACAAGAUGGGGUAUCCGAACGUUCGAUCGGGUUAAUUAUUGAAAAAGCCCGAUCGCUAUUAAUAGACUCUUCCGCUCCCGAAAAGAUGUGGGGUGAGGCGGUUAUUGCGGCCACGGAGCUGCUCAAUCUUAUGCCGACCUCCACGAUUCUAUAUGGCGGUCCCGAAAAUAUGAAACCAAUUACGCCGUACGAGGCCUGGCUUGGAGCCCUACCCUCUGCACGUGGCAUUCGCCGCUGGGGUUGUAAGGCGUUCCUAAAAAUAAUCCCAAAGCCCACGAAUAAGAUGGCCUCCCGAUCACUAGAAUUAACCUUUGUCGGCUACGAUGGGUUCACUAAUUAUAGAUUGGUUGAUCCCUCCAAUGGGCGUCUAUACAUAUCCAAAGACGUCAUUUUCCAAGAGGAUCUCCACCUUGCAGACCCGUCAAUUCCAACCGCAAAAGACCCGAAGGCCCUACCCACUGCGGCCCGCCAAGCGGCUGCGGCAAUUCCUUCGGCGACCCCUGACCCAUCGAUUAAUGAUCUUUUCAUCGAUGAGGAUAUCCAACCCGAACGUCCGUUAUUUCUAGUACCCACGAAUAAUUGGUGGAUCGAUUAUGAAAUUUCGGCGAGAAUACCUACCUUUUUGGUGCAAAAUACCCCGAUUUCCCCGGAUCCUUCAAUAGAAAUAGAGGAUACCCCGACACCGUCAGGGAAUAUUACUGCAGUGGGGGAAUCUUCAGUGGAGAAUGGCCCUGAGACCGAAGACCUCCCUUCCGAUCCUGAAAUUGCAGGCCUACCGAUUCCAAAGAACCUCACGCGUGCCAAAGCUUCCGCCGAAUGGAAGUAUUAUUACAAGGCCUGUGUUAAAGAGGUUAAUCGCCUAAAGCAGAUUGGGGCCUGGCGACUGAUUGAAAGAUCCCCUAAUAUGGCAGUCCUUCGCGGCCAAUGGGUGUUCGACAAGAAGUUCAAUAAUUUGGGUAAAGUCGUCCGCUAUAAGGCCCGCUGGGUGGUCUGCGGCAAUUAUCAACAAAAGGGUGUCAACUAUUCGAAGACCUUUGCACCCGUCGUUUCCGCCUCCACGGACUCUACGGUCUUAAGCAAGCAGCGCUUUUAUGGCUUCCGUGUCAGUCCUUACGAUGCUGGACUGUUCAUUCAUGACGCGAGAAAGGUCUAUAUGACUGUAUACGUGGAUGACGUACGCCUAUACGGCCCGAAGAUCGAAGAUCUCAACUGGGCCAAGGCCGCAAUCGCCGCUAAUUACGAAAUCAAGGAUGUGGGCGAUUCGAACCGAUAUUUGGGCAUGAAGAUUGAGCGGGAUUCGACCUCCCUUACGUUGUCCCAACCCCUAUUUAUUACGAAUCUUCUGGAGGAAUUCGCUAUGGAUGACUGCCACCCUACGUCUACUCCCAUAGAGGAGAACGUUGAUUUCAUGAAUGACAAUGAGGAACCGGUCGCUUAUACGGCGGAAUUUACCCUACGCUCCUAUCAGUCAGGCAUUGGAUCCCUGCAAUACCUUGCGACCAAUACACGUCCUGACGUUAGCUUUGCAGCAGGCUUUCUAGGCCGAUUCAGCGCCCGCCCUACCUCGAAGAAUUGGGCCGCUUUCAAACGUACGCUCCGCUACUUGCAGGGCACGAUUAAUGCGGCUAUUUUAACCUACUACAAAGACGCCGAUAUCGAACCCGUGGCGUACGCCGAUGCCGAUUGGGCCGGUAGGGAUCCGGGAUCCCGCUCAACUACCGGCUACAUCAUAUAUAUGGCGGGGGGCCCCGUCGCCUGGCGAAGCUGCCGGCAGACAGGGGUCUCCAAAUCAUCAACCGAGGCCGAAUAUAUCGCAUCCUCCGAAGCCGCAUAUGAGCUCGUCUGCCUACGGGAGCUCCUAGAAGAUGCCGGUUUCGUGCCGUCCCGCCUCAAUAAUCUGGAUGCCGACGAUCACCCCAACCCACCUCCGGCGAAUGGCCUUGCUUAUACGAUUCAUGCCGAUAACAAGUCUGCCAUCGAGCUAUCCUCUUCCGAAGCGAUUCCGCGCCGAUCGAAGCAUAUAGAGGUCCGAUUCCAUAUCCUUCGGGAUCUCGUCCGCAAGAAUGAGAUAUCGGUCCGGUACGUCCCAUCCGCCGAGAACGCGGCAGACGGGUUAACCAAGCCGCUCGGAAUGUUGAAAUAUACGCGUUGGAAGGAGAUUAUUAAGAUGAAGGGAUAG